AGCGGUUCCCGAGUCUAAGCGGCCACCUCGCCCGCCCAGCGCCGCCCCGCCCCCGUCGCCAGAGCCAUGGGCCUGCUCGCCGCCGGGGCACGCGCGCCCAGGGCCGGCCUCGGCGCGACCCGGCGGCGGCCGACGAGGUCGUUCGGCCAGCCCGCGUGGAUCAAGAGCGUGCUGCGCCAGGGUUCGGCAGAGUCCGAGACGGCGCUGGGGCGCGCGGGGCCGCUGCCGCUGGAGCGGGAGGUGUUGGUCCAAACUGCCUCGGCCAGCGGGGAGGACCACGCGGUGUGCCUGGUCACGCAGUGCUCGCUCGACCGGCUGCCGCAGCUGCGGGCGCAGCUCGUGGCGUGGGAGGGCGAGGUCUCUGCCGCCGUGUACGUGGACGCUCCCGCGCGGAGCGCCGCCGCCGCCGAGGCGCGCGCCGCCGUCUGGGCCUGCUGCGAGGCCGCCUCCGCCUCGCGGGCUGGCAGGGCGCUCACCGAGGCUGGCGGGCCGCCGUGGACGGUCACCCUGCUGCACCGGCUGGAGGACGCAGAGGUCCGCUGCCCCGAGUACGACAGGCUCUACCCCGUGAACGCGCUGCGCAACGCCGCGCUCGCCGCCGCGCGCGCCGAGCUGGUGCUGCUGCUGGACGUGGACUUCGUGCCCAGUGCUGGCCUGUACCCAGCGCUCGCCGGGAGCCCUGGCCUCCUCCGCGAGGCGCUCGGGGGCGGCAGUGGCCCGCUGCGGGGGCCGGCGCGCGCGCUGGUCGUGCCCGCCUUCGAGGUGCACGGCGGCCGCGGGCGCGCGCGCGCGCUCGCGAGGAGCGGCGACGCCGUGCGGGCCGCGUGUCGCGCGGGCGAGGCCGAGGGGUUCCACGUCUCGCAUUUCCCGAGGGGUCACUCCGCCACGGACUUCGAGCGCUGGCUGCGGGGGCCCGCCCUGGGCGCCGAUGUCUGCGGGCCCGCGGGCCGCCUGUCCUCCCGCAGCCACGGCGUGGACGGCUACCGGGCGGCCUACGAGGAGUACUUCGAGCCGUACGUCGUGGCCGCGCGCCGGCUGGUCCCUGCUUACGACGAGCGCUUCCGUGGCUACGGGCUCAACAAGAUCUCCCAUUUGUACGAGAUGAGCGCUCGCGGCUUCGAGUUCUACGUUGCCGAGCACCCGGACGCCUUCGUCGUUGCCGAGGAGCACCCCAAGUCCAGCAGCUGGAGCAGCGUGUACGGCACCGGGGUGAGCUUCCAGCCGCGCGCCCGGAUCGCGGUGCACUACUCGAGGUUCAAGGCCGAGCUCCAGCAGCAGCUCUCGAGGGAAAGCUCGGCGAAGGGGCCUACGCCUGGCGCGGGGCUGCUCGAGCAGGCUGAGGAGUCCGCGCUCGGCAGGGCCAACGGCGUCAAGGGCCGCGCCGCCUGUAUAGACGCGGCCUCCACCGAGGCCUCGGGCAGCGACAGCGACGGCACCUGCGCCAGCGCGGCCGCGUGAGCAGCCCUCCUGCGGAGGGCGCACGCUUCGCCGCGCUCCCCUCCCCUCGCCUGCGGCACGGGCAGCUCAGGAGGGCCGUGCCCGGUCGCUGGUCAGACGGGUCGGGCACCGCUGGUCAGACGGGUCGUCAGGUUGCAGCCGGCAUCGUCGCGGCGGAUGUGCAGGGCUUCGUGAGCCUCCCGUCCAGAUGCAUGGGGAUGCACUGUUUCCCACGUCUCACAAUGUGAACAACGUGCAGUGCUUGUGUGCAGUCAGGUUCUCUACACAAGUGGGACAGCUCGGCGUUCAGAACACAGUCAUCCUCGUCGCCGGGCAUUGUCGCUCCGCCAGUCACGGAGACCAUGGUACCGCAUCUGGGAUCACCAUCACAUUCAGCACCUGCACUGAAUCUAUAGUCGCG